AUGUCAGAUACACGUUGGUCAGCCAGGAUUGAAAGUGUAAAACCUUUUGCAGAACAUAUUCCUGGUUUAAAGAAUGCUUUUCAAGACUUAAAGAAGCUAAAUCUUACUGCCGAGUCUCGAUCAGAUAUCAAAAGUAUUGAGAAAUACUUGGGUUUAUUUGAGUGCAUUAUACUCGCAAGCACUUGGUUUAAAGUUCUAACAAGCAUCAAUUACAGAAACACAGUUCUGCAAGCCAUAGAUGUAACUUUAGAUGUGGAGGUUUUAAAUUUAAAAAACUUAAUUGAUGACCUCUUAUUAUUGAGAAACAACUGGGAUUCAAUUUUAAAUGAAUGUAAACUUGUUGCCGAAAAUCUCGUUAUGGUUUCCAAUGACAUAUUUCCGGAGAAAAAACGCAGCCGAAAAGCUAGAUUUUCAGAUGAGGAACAGAAUAAUAAAUUAGGCAACAUCAGUGCAGAAUUUUGUUUCAAGCGCGAUGUUUUUUAUGUUCUUUUAGACUGUGUCAUUGGUAAUAUGAAUCGGCGUUUUGAGACAGCCAAAGAUCUUGAGGAAACAUUUGGUGUUGUAUGGAAAUACAUGACAUUAGAUAAAGAUCUGCUGAGGGAGAAAGCCUCAUCUAUUUGCGUUAAAUACGGCAUUGAUGUUUCUCUCGAUUUAAUAGACGAGUUAGAACAUUUAAAGGCAAUUCACGCAUCAAAUCUUGGCAUAAUACAGUUAUCGCCGUUUCAAUUAUUAAACAAACUCUAUGAGUUGAAGCUUGAUUCUCUUUUCCCAAACAUUUUAGUUGUUCUUAGAAAUUUUUGCACACUUCCAGUUACUGUUGCACAAGCAGAACGCUCUUUCAGCACGCUUGCAAGAGUUAAAAAUGUUUUACGUUCUACGAUGUGUCAAGAUUGA